GCCAGUCCAGCUGAUUUUCAGUCAUUCAUGAUUUCAUUCGAAUGAAUGACAACUGAACUUUCUUUUUCUACCGUAAAAUCGCCACUCGAAAAAAAAUUCCUCCUACCGGGUUUUAGUCGUCUUAGUCUUAAAGUGUCCAGUGUGGGAGUAUGUGGUAUAUACUCGUAUAUAGGAGCAUAUAUUGGUAUAUAUACUGUCUGAUAGUGGCGUCGUGAGGUGCGUUCAGUGAUAAAUGAUAACUCAUUGUCCUCGUAUGUAAAAUAAUUCGGUACCUGAAUCACAAUUGUUAGUCAAGUCGUUUGAGCGUUGAAAGUAUUCAUUCAAUUGCGAAAUAUAAUCUUUCACAAGGUGAAUUACAAUUUGACUUAGUGUGUGUUAUCGUGUGCUUCUUGGAGUGCCCCAGCCAUUAUAUGAAAGUGGAUUCAUUGAGAUUACGUCGGUGCAAAAAUCAUGCGUCUCUGAUCUUCUGAUUUUAUUGUCAAAAAGACAACAAAAGACGUGAAAAUGGCGACAGCAGAGAUCGAUGAUUUUUUGGGAGGACCCCUCGUCACUUGGUUCGUCAGCUGUUUGGAGGAUGCCGACGCUUUAUCGAAUUACAAUGAUUUGGCGGAUGGAAUUCUCCUCCACAAUGUCUUCCUUCAGAUUGACCCGGAGCCUCUCCACGACGGAGUGAUCCCCAGCUGUGGCAACAGCUCAACUCGAAUGAAAAAUCUCGAAAUUAUAGUGGGCAAUAUUAAGCAAUUUUAUGAGGAAGAACUGGGCCAUCUUCUAAUAAAACUCCCAGACACAGUGAAUCUGGGAAAAGAGCCAGAGGUUCAUGUGCAGGAUAUGCAGCUACUCCUGCUGCUUCUCCUAGGUUGUGCAGUACAAUGUCCGAACAAAAAGAAUUUCAUAACAAGAAUAAAAACACUUCCUCUAGACACACAACUAGCGAUAGUCGACUGCAUAAAACAAGUGACAGAUUAUCAUGAUAUUGUUAUCACCCAGGAUUCAAUGGAGAAUGUCAACAUGUCAGGUGUCUUCAAGGAGAUUAAAAAAAUAAUAAAUGAGAGGGAUUUGUAUCGUGAUAAAUGGCGUGGUGCUGCUAUAAAUGAUUUGUCGGGUCCAAAUGACUCUGCACCUGAUGAUAAUGAGGGAAUGACAAAAUCACAGCAGCUCAAUCCAAUAUCGAAGAAGUCAGGGCGUGAAGAGCAUCAUCAUUAUGCUGUUGAACUUGCUGAUUGGAAAUCAAAAGUUAGAAAACAGAGACAGGAGUUGGAGGAGAAAACUGAGGCACUCCUCGAGUGCAAAGAGGAAUUGGAGCACAAUAAACAGUCUCUGGUGAAGCUUAAGCAGGAGAAUCAGGAAUUGAUGCACGAAGCUAGAACAGCUAAAUCGUACAGAGACGAAUUGGAUGCUGUGAUGGAGAGGGCAGAACGUGCUGAUCGUUUGGAAUCUGAAGUGGCUCGUUACAGGGAAAAAUUAACGGAUAUUGAAUUUUACAAAACGAGAAUCGAGGAGCUGAGGGAGGAUAACAGAGUUCUCAUGGAGAAUCGGGAAAUGCUGGAGGAGCAGUUGAGUUUGUCACGACGAAGGGCUGACAAAGUUCUGGAAUUGGAGGCUCAAAUAAUCGAGUACAAGCAAUUAUUGAAUGAUGUGGCACUGGAGCGAGCUGCUGACAAAGAAAAAUAUCGUGAAUUGUUCGAUGAGAAUUUACAGUUGCAUAAGUUGAAGAAAGCUGCUGACGAUGAGGCAGCACGUGCUGGAUCCAUCAGUGAAUCUGAGGAGCCAGUUACCUCUGAUAAUAGAUUAUCAGAGCAAUUGACGAAUAAUGCACAGACCAGGGCAUUGAAACUCGAGCUGGAAAAUCGUCGAUUGAUGGCACUGGUGGAUUCAUUGAAGGAGAAUUCCUUCCACGAAUCGUCGGGGCGUCUUCUCGAGUUGGAAAAGGAGAAGAAGAAGAUGUCAUUAAAGAUGGACUCACUGACUGAUAAUAAUGAUAGACUGGGCCAGCAGAAUGCAGAUCUCGAGCUCGUCUGCAAGCAAGCAUUGGAGGAGAAUAAAAAACUCCAGAAUACACUGAAAAAUCAGAGGACAUCUUUUGAAAGGCAGCAGCAUGAUUAUCAAGCUCAGCACUACAAAAUUAUUGAACUCGAGAAGAAUUAUGAAAUAACAAUUAAAGAGAAGCAGAGGGUGCAGUCAUUGCUGGAGAGUGUGCAGAGGCGAGCUGAUGAACUCGAUCGCUCCCUGGAGAAUGCUAAUCAAAAAUUAGAAGAUUUGAGACUUCUCGAGAAUAAACUCAAAGAGGUAGAGACUAAAUGCACCGAUCUUGAAACGAAAAUAGUCAUAUUGGAGAAGGACAAGGAGACAGCACUGCGGGAUGUUCACAAAUGUCGUGAGAUCAUUGAGGAGAAAGACGUGGCUCUGGAUAAAGCGACAAAUGACAUUGAAGUGAUGACCAAGAAAAUAGAGGGGCUUGAGAGAGAAGUUGAUAAAUCAGUGUGCCAAAUAACGAGACUCCAGGAGAUUGAGAGAUCAUCGAAAGAGUUAGACUCGAGAGCAGCUAUUGAUAAGGAGACGAUGGAGACAUUGCAAUCGAAUUUAAUUGCUGAAAAAUUGAAUACCCAACAGCUUCAGACUGCUCUUGAGAAACUUGGAUUAACUGUUGAAUCAUUACUGACCCUUUCAGCUGAGAAUAUUGUGGAACAGCUGGUUAAUGUACCUGAAAUGUCUCAAUACAUAAAUAAAUUGAUUAGUGAAAAAAUGGAGAGCGAGCAGAAAAGUCUGGAAAUACCACAAUCAAGGGAUACUGAGUCAGAGGAUAAUGCACCAAUGAAUAAACACCUCCUGGAGACUGUGGAAACGCUGAAGAGGGAGUUGGAGUGUGCACAGGUUAAACUUAAUACUAGUCAAUUAGCUGGUGAAAAUUUACUGGAGGAACAGGCGAAAUUGCAGGUUUGCGUUACGACUCUGCAAUCUAAGAUAACGUCCUUGAAUGCACAGCACACAGCAUUGCAAUUGGCUAAUUCACAAUUGGUAGCUGAAAAGGAAGAAUUGUUGAAGGAGCGGGAUGUACAGCAACGAGCUCACCAGCAAUUGUUGCAUGAUCAGGUGACACUGCAAUCACUCCAUGAACAAUUGAAUAAUGAGUACGAGAAUCUUCUCCAGGAGCGGGAGACCCUCAAGGCUAAUUUGAGAGAUACGAAGAAUCAUUUCAGAACGUUGAAGGAAAAUUGUGAAAUACUCGAGGAGAAGAACAAGGAGUUUGUGGCUGAGCAGGAGACGUCGGUCUGCAAUGUUAAGAGUUUGAAUAAUCUCAGGGGAGAGCAUUCGAAGUUGAAGGAUGACUUCAGGAAUUUAUAUACUGCCACGGAAAAACUUAAAGCCGAGUACAGAAAUCUUCAGGAGGAUUAUAAGAAGAAUAAACUCGAGACGAAUCGAUUGAGCCUGAAAUUAACUGAAUUGCAGGGAGAAAUGAGUAUCAAAGAGGAGAGAUGCUCGAAUUUGGAGCUACAGAUCAGCAAACUCAAUCAACGAUGUGAGAUGCUUCUGCAGAUGAACUCGGGAUUGGAUAAUAAUAGAAGAUCUCUCAUGGAUCAUGUCAGUGUUCUCUUGAAUCAGUAUCACGAUCUUUUGAGUCACUCCCUGGAGGACAAGGAGCACUACCACAUGGAGGAGAAAUUAUAUCGCGAUCAGGUCAACCAUUUGUCGAGACAGAAGGAGAAGUUGGAGGAAAAAAUAAUGGAGUACUACAGGAAUAAACAGAGUUGUUCAACGAAGAAGAAACGGUUUGGAGCGAGUCUAGUUAAACGAGUGAGAAAGGCAGGUUCUGAUUUAUUGAAUAAGAAUCGUCAGUCGUGGGCAGAUGAGUCGAAGCAGUCAGAUGGAAAGCUGUACGAAUCAGAAUCAGGUGGAAAUGAUUCUGAUGUCAGUGGAGAGGAUCGUAGAGUAGCAACUGAGACUCCAGUCCUCGAUAAUGAUUAUUCAUUAGGAACACCUGGAACUCGAAGAACAGUUUACUACACAGAUGAUUCCCCAUCACCUGCCACUUCCUUGCCACCUGAACAGAAAACCGAUACCUUGCCACAGAGUCCAGUGGACGAUGCACAGUCAGGCCGACAAAAUCAGGAUCAGGCAGCACGUUCUGUUCUCAUUUACAAUAAAGUUUCUGCUGUUAUAAAUGAAACGCAAAAUUUAACAACUCCAGUGGACGAACAACUGCCGAAUGAGGAAAUCGGUGAGCCUCUCACUGCUAAAGACCCGAAGGUCGGUAAUUCAGUCUGGUAUGAGUACGGAUGCGUUUAGAAUUUAGAAGACCAAGGGAUUCCCUUUAUUUAUAAUUUUAUUGUAGUUAAACAGUAGAUGGAGAUGAAAAAGUCUCAGUUUCAUAAUGAGUCGGAUUACUCCUAUUUAAAUUCCACGCUAAAAUUCAAUGUGGGGAAUCAUAAAAUACGAAUGCUUCCUUCGGUGUAUGAAUAUAAUAUGAAUGAUGUGCAGAAUUAAUUAUUUAAGAAAAUCGCUUAUGAUGUGUGAAGGGAAUUUUCCAAAAUACUAUUCGCUUUUAAAUGAUAAUUCAUUGCCUAGAGAUAAUCGAAUGCCAAUUGAAAUCAAUAUCAAAAUGUUUGUGUCUUCGCAAUUCUAGUGCAUUAACAGAAAAAUCGAGAUCAUGUCACGUUUUUUUU